AUGCUUUCCGGUAAAACUUCUCCUCCUUCGCCAAACAUCGACGAGGACAAGCUGGAAAGAAAGGUUUUCCGGGAACAGUUGCAACGAAAGCGUCUAAUGCAACUGGAAGCACUCGAACGAAAGCUAGCCGGUUUCGCCGAAUUCAAUCAAGCACACCUGAAAAAGAAACCAUCCGCCGACCGUGGUACGACUGGAAGAAAACAAUUGGCAAGCAUCGAAAACCUGCGAAAUGCGGACAUCGCCAAUAACAAUGCUAUUGAUGGUAUUGAUUUUAUGGAAUCACCUUCCUACAUCAACGGCACCAUGCGGGACUACCAGAUACGUGGCCUGAACUGGUUAAUUUCUAUGUACAAUAGCAAUCUCAACGGCAUUCUCGCCGAUGAGAUGGGACUUGGCAAAACUAUACAGUCCAUCUCUAUGAUUGGUUAUCUGAUGAGCGUACGCAAACUAAAAGGACCGUUUCUUGUUGUGGUGCCCCUUUCAACAUUGUUCAACUGGAUGAAUGAAUUUGCAAGGUUUCUACCGUCCGCCAAAGUAUUAAAGGCACAUGCGACUGGCGAACAAAGUAAAGAGAUCCUUGCCAAGCUGAGCGAUCGGAAACGUUCGUGGAAUGUGGCUGUUACAACGUACGAAUUUGUCACUUUCAAUAAGCUGCAUUUCAAACGCAUUAAUUUUCACUAUGCCAUAAUUGAUGAGGGUCAUCGGGCAAGGAACGAAAAUACCGUGUUUGCUAGUGUGCUUAGAACAUAUCAAAUCCAGAGUAUGGUGCUAUUAACCGGCACACCGGUUCACAACAAUUUGCACGAGCUAUGGGCGCUGUUAAAUCUGCUUAUGCCACUGUUCUUCAGUAGCGCCGACAACUUUGACUCCUGGUUCACGGUAGAGGACUGCGUCGACCCCCGAAACGAGCAAACGAUUCGGUUGAAGAAUCUCCUUCGACCUUUGCUGCUGCGCCGCACCAAGCUAGAGGUAGCACCCUCCAUUCCGCCGAAGGUACACAUCGACAUUUAUGUGCCACCGACAGAGCAAAUGUGUCUUUGGACACAUAAGGUGGUGCAAAAUGAGCUGCAGGAGGUCGGUCGUGACGGACACAUCAGAAGGUUCAGAAUCGGGUCCAGAUUUCCGCACUUGAGAAAGGUGAUUCAACAUCCUUACCUGGUACCGGGUGCAGAGAAUAUGGAUACGGACUAUGUGACGGACGACAUCGUGAAUUUUAGCUCGAAAAUGAUCCUACUGGACAAGCUGCUGGCAAGGCUCAAGGCGCGCGGUUCCAAAGUAUUAAUAUUCUCCCAGUACGUCACAGUGCUGAAAAUAUUGAUGGAUUAUCUUGACUGGCGCGAGUACGAGUACUGCGUACUGACUGGAUCAACCGGUCACGAAAGUCGCCAGUCACAGAUGGAAGAGUUUAAUAGUCCCGGGUCGAGUAAGUUCGUCUUCCUGUUGUCGACACGAGCCGGUGGUCUUGGCAUAAAUUUGGUAGCGGCCGACACCGUGAUCUUUUACGACAUGGAUUUCAAUCCACAAAUGGACUUCCAGGCAGAAGACCGCGCCCAUCGGAUCGGGCAGAAGAGGAAGGUGCACGUGUUACGGUUACUCGUGCGCGGAAGUAUGGACGAGCUGUUGUACCAUCAUUCCACCCGCAAACGGUUGCUAGAUGCAGCGGUAAUAAGGGGGACGGCUAAGCCGGAUAAAAAGUUAGAAACGGUUGCCUUUGAAUAUCAGCGUACAUCGCUUAUGGCAAACGGAUUGGUUGAUCCGGUGGCAAUAGACAAGAAGGUGGAUGAGCUGUUUGACAGAAUGGGCAAUUUGGAUGACCCAUUUGCAACAACGGAUGGUUUGCAGGAAGAUGGCGAGAUCGUAGUGCCCGGCAUUCCAUGCGAUCUGCAGUUUAACACACUGCUGAAUCCCGCCAAGAUAUCUAACAAGCGAAAACAAGAGGAAACUGUUGUUCCCAUCACGGCUAAGCGCAAACGAUACAGCAUCCAUCAGUCACCAUUGAUCAAUCAAACGUCCUACGUAUGACCACCAGGCCGUGUGUUGUCUCAUAAAAAUUAUCAUUCCAAUAGUCUCGUUGGUCAUCCUUUGCAAAAUAGCCACUGACUGUUCAUUCACUUUGAUUGUUACCAAUUGUAUUGUUACUGUGUAAAAUGUAAAACCGCUGGAAAUGAACUGUUUGUUGAUUUGUGUUUCAUUAGCGGAAAUAAAUACUCAUUACGUUAUCG